CAGGGGCCGCCGACACUAUAAGUGGCCCAGCCAGGGCCUUGCCCGGGGCUCUGGCCAUGCUCCUCCUCGGGCUGCUGCUGCUGACCGUGCUGGCUGGCGCCCGCCUGCUGUGGAACAAGUGGAAGCUCCGCAGCCUCCACCUCCCGCCUCUUGUGCCCGGCUUCCUGCACCUGCUGCGGCCCAACCUUCCCCUCUACCUGCUGGGUCUGACCCAGAAACUGGGGCCCGUCUACAGGCUCCGCCUGGGGCUGCAAGAUGUGGUGGUGCUGAACUCCAAGAGGACCAUCGAGGAAGCCAUGAUCAGGAAAUGGGUGGACUUUGCCGGCAGACCCCAGACAGCGUCCUAUAAGCUGGUGUCUCAGCACUACCAGGACCUCUCCCUUGGGGACUACUCCCUGCUCUGGAAGGCUCACAAGAAACUCACCCGCUCAGCUCUGCUGCUGGGCCUCCUUGACUCCACGGAGGGGCUGGUGGAGCAGCUGACCCAGGAGUUCUGUGAGCGCAUGAGAGCCCAGGCCGGCACCCCUGUGGCCAUCCAGAAGGAGUUCUCUUUCCUCACCUGCACCAUCAUCUGUCACCUCACCUUUGGAGACCAGGAGGACACCUUAGUACAUGCCUUUCAUGACUGUGUCCAGGACUUGAUGAAAACCUGGGAGCAUUGGUCCAUCCAAAUUUUGGACAUCGUUCCCUUUCUCAGGUUCUUCCCCAACCCAGGCCUCCGCAGGCUGAAGCAGGCCUUGGAGAACAGGGACCACAUGGUAGAGAAGCAGCUGAGGCAGCACAAGGAGAGCAUGGUGGCAGGCCAGUGGAGGGACAUGACUGACUAUAUGCUCCAAAGAGUGGGGAAGCCAAGAGCAGGGGAGGGCCAUGGACAGCUCCUUGAAGGACACGUGCAUAUGUCUGUGGUGGACCUGUUCAUUGGUGGCACUGAGACCACGGCGACCACCCUCUCCUGGGCCGUGGCCUUCUUGCUUCACCACCCUGAGAUUCAGCAGCGACUGCAGGAAGAGCUGGAUCGUGAGCUGGGCCCUGGAGCGUCAGGCUCCCGAGUCCCAUACAGAGACCCCACACGGCUGCCCUUGCUCACGGCCACCAUUGCGGAGGUGCUGCGCCUGCGGCCCGUAGUGCCCCUGGCCUUGCCGCACCGUGCCACGCGGCCUAGCAGCAUCUUGGGCUACGACAUCCCCGAGGGCACGGUUGUCAUCCCCAACCUGCAAGGCGCCCACUUAGACGAGACGGUCUGGGAGCGGCCACACGAGUUCCGGCCGGAUCGCUUCCUGGCCCCCGGCGCCCGCCCCAGAGUGCUGGCCUUCGGCUGCGGGGCCCGCGUGUGCCUGGGGGAGCCACUGGCGCGCCUGGAGCUGCGCGUGGUGCUGGCGCAGCUGCUGCGGGCCUUCACGCUGCUGCCGCCCGCCGGCGCCCUGCCCUCCCUGCAGCCCCGGCCCCGCGGCGGCGUCAACCUCACCGUGCGGCCUUUCCAGGUGCGGCUGCAGCCCCGGGGCGCAGGGGCCCGGGCGCUGGGCCAGCACCCGUGACGGGGCGGGAUGCACGCCGGCCGCACGCAUGCCUCAGUUUCCCCUUUUAUUACUCCCCGUACAAACCCCUGCCCUCCCCCCCUGUAAACAUGGUGCUGUGAGAUCGCAGAUGGAGAAGGCUCCCUCCGGUGGCUGGACGGUGACGGUGGCCCCGGGCUCUUCUCUGAGCGCGACCCCUCAGUGCUCGGCAGUCAUUCUGGGGCGCCCGAGAGGCGAGCGGCGGUCAGCCUCCCUGGGCCGCUGGGGGCCGGUAGCUUCUUGGCCUCAGCUUCAUUUCCGUGAAGGGCACAGAGAACUCGAAGCCCUUCCAGUAGUACCAGCUCACCCCCUGGGAGAGGAGAUGUCAAGACAGAGUCAAAGCCGCACAUCCCAUCUGCUCCUACCCCUGCCCCUCUGGGGAGAUGGUUCCCAGAAAUCAACGCCUCUCCCGCCCCCCACUGACUUCAUGAUCCUCAACUGCCAAGGCCUGAGGCCUUCAUCUGAGCUGGCCCUUUACGUCCAAUAAAUCGUGCUCAUGUCUCCCUC